ACAGUCACUGUUUUCCAGAAGCUGCAAAAUCACCACCAGCACUUUUAAAUUUGGAGUAUCCUUUCGCGAAUCCCCUGUUUUUCCAGAUUGUUUGAACUUCUCUGGCCGCACAAUACAGGAAGGAGGCUGAAGCAGCUCAGGGACCUCCAGCGUCUGCAGCAUGGGCUGGUUCACUGGGAUUGCCUGUCUUUUCUGGGGUGUAUUACUUACAGCCAGAGCAAACUAUGCAAACGGAAAGAACAAUGUGCCAAGACUGAAAUUAUCGUACAAAGAAAUGUUGGAAUCCAACAAUGUGAUCACUUUCAAUGGCUUGGCCAACAGCUCCAGUUAUCACACCUUCCUUCUGGAUGAGGAACGGAGUAGACUGUAUGUGGGAGCAAAAGAUCAUAUAUUUUCAUUCAACUUGGUGAAUAUUAAAGAUUUUCAAAAGAUUGUGUGGCCAGUAUCUUAUACCAGGAGAGAUGAAUGCAAAUGGGCUGGAAAAGAUAUCCUGAAAGAAUGUGCCAAUUUCAUCAAGGUCCUCAAGGCUUAUAAUCAGACUCACUUGUACGCCUGUGGAACUGGGGCUUUCCAUCCAAUUUGCACCUAUAUUGAAGUUGGACAUCAUCCUGAGGAUAACAUUUUUAAACUGCAGGACUCACAUUUUGAAAACGGUCGUGGGAAGAGUCCUUAUGACCCCAAACUACUGACUGCCUCUCUUCUAAUCGAUGGUGAGUUGUACUCAGGAACUGCUGCAGAUUUCAUGGGCCGAGACUUCGCUAUCUUCAGAACGUUGGGGCACCAUCACCCCAUCAGGACGGAGCAGCAUGACUCCCGGUGGCUCAAUGAUCCUAGGUUCAUCAGUGCUCAUCUCAUCCCAGAGAGUGACAACCCUGAAGAUGACAAAGUAUAUUUUUUCUUCCGAGAAAAUGCAAUAGAUGGAGAACAUUCUGGAAAAGCCACUCAUGCUAGGAUAGGUCAGAUAUGCAAGAAUGACUUUGGAGGACACAGAAGUCUUGUGAAUAAAUGGACAACAUUCCUGAAAGCACGCCUGAUUUGCUCUGUGCCAGGUCCCAAUGGCAUUGACACGCAUUUUGAUGAAUUGCAGGAUGUAUUCCUAAUGAACUCUAAAGAUCCUAAAAAUCCAAUUGUCUAUGGAGUGUUCACAACAUCAAGCAACAUCUUUAAGGGAUCUGCUGUGUGUAUGUACAGCAUGAGCGAUGUAAGAAGGGUGUUCCUUGGCCCAUAUGCUCACAGAGAUGGUCCCAACUAUCAGUGGGUGCCUUACCAAGGAAGAGUCCCUUAUCCACGGCCAGGAACUUGUCCCAGUAAAACAUUUGGUGGAUUUGACUCCACAAAGGACCUUCCUGAUGAUGUCAUAACUUUUGCAAGAAGUCAUCCAGCCAUGUACAACCCAGUGUUUCCUAUUAAUAAUCGCCCAAUAAUGAUCAAGACAGACGUAAAUUAUCAGUUCACACAAAUUGUUGUAGACCGAGUGGAUGCAGAAGAUGGCCAGUAUGAUGUUAUGUUCAUUGGAACAGAUGUUGGAACUGUUCUUAAAGUGGUUUCUGUCCCCAAGGAGACUUGGCAUGACCUAGAAGAAGUCCUUCUGGAAGAAAUGACUGUCUUCCGGGAACCAACAACUAUUUCAGCAAUGGAGCUUUCUACUAAACAGCAACAACUGUACAUUGGCUCAGCCGCUGGAGUGGCACAGCUUCCUCUACAUCGCUGUGACAUUUAUGGAAAAGCCUGCGCAGAAUGCUGCCUUGCUCGGGACCCUUACUGUGCCUGGGAUGGGUCAUCAUGUUCGCGCUAUUUUCCUACUGCAAAGAGGCGCACAAGACGACAAGAUAUAAGGAAUGGAGACCCACUGACUCACUGCUCGGACUUGCAGCAUCACGAUAAUCAUCAUGGGCACAGCCUUGAAGAGAGAAUCAUCUAUGGAGUAGAAAACAGUAGUACAUUCUUGGAAUGCAGUCCGAAGUCACAGAGAGCCUUGGUAUAUUGGCAAUUUCAGAGGCGAAAUGAAGAUCGAAAAGAGGAGAUCAGAGUUGGUGAUCAUAUCAUCAGGACAGAACAAGGGCUCCUGCUUCGUAGCCUGCAGAAGAAGGAUUCAGGCAAUUACCUGUGUCAUGCCGUGGAGCACGGAUUCAUGCAAACUCUUCUUAAGGUGACCCUGGAAGUCAUCGACACGGAACAUUUGGAGGAACUUCUUCAUAAAGAUGAUGAUGGAGAUGGUCCUAAGACCAAAGAAAUGUCAAGCAGCAUGACACCCAGCCAGAAGGUCUGGUACAGAGACUUCAUGCACCUCAUCAACCACCCCAACCUGAACACAAUGGAUGAGUUCUGUGAACAAGUAUGGAAAAGGGACCGAAAGCAACGCCGACAAAGGCCGGGGCACUCUCAAGGGAAUAGCAACAAGUGGAAGCACGUGCAGGAGAGCAAGAAGGGUAGAAACAGGAGGACCCACGAGUUUGAGAGGGCACCCAGAAGUGUCUGAGCUACGCCACCUCCCAAAACCUCAAACAAGUACAAACUUGCUUAGAUAAUAACUGGAAAAAAUGCAAUACACAUGAACAUUUCAUGGCAUUAUGUGGAUGUUUACAAUGGUGGGAAGUUCAACCGGGUUCCACCAAUUUAAGUCCGUGAGGAACUUGGCCAGCAGGCUUCCUUCAGAAUACCAAUGCCUGACAGAGAACACAGGUGAGCGUAGAUGUUCAAGUUCGCCGACUUAGUGUUUCCUCUGAGAGUUCAUUUUGCUUUCUUCUUUGCCUGAGAAAUAAAAAAAUGUCAUUUGCCAUACUGCCAUCAAAAGGAGAAAAACUGCAUCAGCAAAGCCAUUUUAUUGAAGCGAGAGUUGAAAAUAAACUGCAUGGAUUUAGUAAGCAGAUGAAUAUUCCAAAACGUGAUUGGAUUCGAGGAUGUUUUGUCUACCAGCACUCGUGUUUGUAUGUACUGGAGGAGUAAAAUAAGGAGAGUGAAACUGAGUGGAAUAGUCUGUGGAGAUAUAAAAACAUACACCAUCCAUCAUCCGGAAGAGUAAUGGAGUACACUGAUCUACUACUGAUGUCUUCUUUCAGCUUUGAUCUAAAGAUGUAUUUUAUUAAAGCUAUAAUUUAAAUGUACCAUGGCAAAUAUGCAGUAAAGAUUAGCUGUUUUCUAAGCUAGAGUAGGUUUUGUCUUGCAGUUACCAUGCUAUAUUGUUUGUUUAAGAAUUCUAACUGUGUGCUGCUUUUUCACGUUGUGUUUUCAGUUCUGUAAGAGGCAGUAUAUCACUUUAGAUCCAUACUCACUAUUAACUAUUACUUACUGACACCAAGAAUUAUGUUCUUCCCCUUUGAAGAAACCAAACAGAUGGAAGGUUAUCACCCUGACUUGUAAAGGUAUUAUUAAAGUUAACUCUCACAUACGUAAUGUUUUAGCCAACCAAAAAUUAAGACAGCACAAAAAAGAAGAAAAGAAUCAUUAGAGGCAUCCUGAAGGAUCAAGUGCAAAACUAAAAGAGCCAUGUGUCUCAUGAAAAGAACAUUGUCUUAACAGAGUGUUAAUAAAUUAAGUCUUUUGGUC